AACACAAAGAUCCCCCGUCGACAGCUGACACUGGUCGCCAUCACCGUCUUGUUGAAUGUCUUGCUUUGGAGUUCUCUCAUUUGUCUCAUCACCACUGUUUUCCAAAUCGCAUCCGAGCCGGACGACACAACCAACAUCCCUUCGGAAGUCUUCACUCUGACAUCCGCCCUUGUCACGAUAGCAUACAUCGUCCUCCACACUAUCUUCUCCCUCAAGCAAAGAAUAUGGAAACAUCAAAGACGACACCCAUCUAUGGUGAAGAAGGCUUCGUAUGUCGCCAUCCGCCUUGCUGUCACAUUAUGUGUUCUAUGGCUCUUGACUUCCGGCUGGAACAUGAUCCUUGUCGCUCGUCGGCCCGUAUGCCUACCGAAAGCGCCUGGCCUUAAAGGCUGGGAAUCUGGCACACCCUGUCGGGUUGGCCGUGCGGGCAUUGCCUUUGCUAUGAUAGCGCUGAUGGCUUCCUGUACGUUGUUCGGCAUGCUCUCGAUCGUGCGCCGUCCUUUCGAAGCCCACCUGCUGAAGCACGGCUAUAGACCACCACCCGCCAACCCUCGCCUCACACCUGGUGUUUCUCGAAGGGCGUCACCAUCCCGCAGCGCUUCUAUUGCCUCCGAAAAGUAUCAAGGUGGCCGGGUAUCUGCGUCAACACAUAGGAGCACCCCUUCGAACACUUCCAACACCGAUGUCGAGACAUGGGACCUGAACUCGGCGUCGCCUCCCUCAACAAUCCACGCUCCGUCGCCCAUCCGGUCAAUAGGGCUGGGUAUCUUCACAUCCCAUGCGCAGCCCCCGCCGCUCCCUCCGGCCUUCAUCAUUCCGCCACGUGCUCCGUCGGUAGAGUCCCCACCACCUGUCUUCUAUCCCUCCGCAUCCAACCAACAUCUUCCACCACCUCCUCGUAUGUCUGCUCUUAUUGCGCCCUCGGGGUUUGUACCCUUAUCGGUUCCAGCACAGUACUCAGCGUCUGCAUGGCGUGCUGUCCACCCGCCAGCGCCUUCCCCGUUAGGGCCAGCUUCGUCACGCUCUCAUCCGCACCUGCGCGAUGCAAACUCCGGCUACAGCUUUUCCUACCGCAGUCGCUACUCACGUUCAUCCGUCUCUCUCACGCGUCCGCAUCGCCUCAGCUCGACCACACCGGUGGGCAGCGUCGCAUGGAGCACGCGAAGCGGGUCGACGGGCCCAGACGAAGGCCGAGGAAGUCCUUCUUCCGGAAGCGGAGGUUCCAGGCGAAGAGCUAGCGCCAACGAGAUCGCAUACGCCAUCCUGAACGGCACCCAUAUACCGGGUACUGAGCCUCCAAAGCCUCGAAAUAUGGGCCAUGUUCGGACUGCUAGCGCACCCGAUGCCACGACGGGUGCUCAACAAGCCGGUCGCAAAUGGAGGAGCUGGAAACCUCAGCUAGAAACGCCUCAGCUAGAAAAAGCGCAGUCCGCGAGUCAAGAGGAGAGCAACGAGGCGGUCCCUGCUAAGAUUUUCAAACUUGUCAGGAGCUCCUCUGCUGAGCUGCUGAGCAAGUUUAGUCCCGAUAGCAGCCCGGACGACGACAAAGUCAACCUUCGCAAAGAGCUUGAGAAGGAACUAGACGAUAUAAGGCUGAGCAUUGAGAAAAUUCUUCCCUUCCGCAAGUACCGCUCUGCGAGCCCACUGCGACACUCAGAUAUCCCGGCUGGUGCCGCGAACGUAGCAAGAGCUGCGUCAACAACAGUUAGUCGCACGCCGCAGAACGCGAACAUGCAGCCCAAGCACGGUGGCGGCGGAGGAAGCGCGGACGCAAGUGCGGGAGCGCAGAUGCCCGCCGCCCAAGCGAGGAGAAUGACGUUCGAUGAGUUGAAGAAUAAGCCGCUACCGAAGAUCGCGGCGCUGUAA